CAAAGACCAAACAGAGCUAGCUGCUUCCUUGGCUAUUCGUUCUCACAUUUCCAAGCUGAUCGAUCGGGCCCUAGCUAGGAUCUGUCUGUUGUUGUAAGAUGGCAAGCACUCAGGAGGUGGCCUUCAACGUGAACCUGGUGAAGAACAGCACGGCGGAGGAAGACGGCGGCGGCUGGGCCCCCGUGGGCUCGCGCACGACGGUAUUGUCCGUGCACAAUGACGGGCUGCUGGUGGCGGGGCGCGCGGACGACGAGGACGGCAUGCGGCAGGCGAUCCCGGACGGCGCGCUGAAGCCGAGGGUCACUUACCGCGUCACCGGGUGGAUCAGUCUGCAGGGGACCGCCGGCUCCGGUGCCGCGGAGGUGCGCGUCAGCCUUCGCGUGGAAGGCGGCGGCAGCGACGAUGAGGCGUGCAGCUGGGUCGAGUGCGCCGAGGUGGCGGCAGGCGGGUGGACGGAGAUCAACGGCACGUUCCGGCUCAAAACGGAGCCCCGCGCCGCGUCUGUCUACGUCCACGGCGCGCCGGCCGGCGUCGACGUCAUGGUCAAGGAUCUCCGCGUCUUCGCCACGGACCGGCAGUCCCGGUUCAGGGAACUACAGGACAAGACUGACAAGGCGCGCAAGCGGGACGUGGUUCUGAAGCUGGGCGGCGCGGCCGGAGAGGCGGCCAGCAUCCGGGUGGUGCAGCUGGACAACGCCUUCCCGUUCGGCUCCUGCAUCAACGGCACGGUUGUCCAGAACGGUGCCUUCGUGGACUUCUUCAGCAACCACUUCUCCUGGGCCGUGUUCGAGAACGAGCUCAAGUGGUACCACACGGAGCCGCAGCAAGGGCAGGUGAGCUACGCCGACGCCGACGCGCUCCUGGGCUUCUGCGAGCGCCACGGCAAGCGCGUGCGCGGCCACUGCGUGUUCUGGGCCGUGGAGAGCAACGUGCAGCAGUGGGUCAAGGACCUGGGCCGGGACGACCUCCAGCCCGCCGUCAAGGCCCGCCUCGAGGGCCUCGUGUCCCGCUACGCGGGCCGCUUCGGCCACUACGACGUCAACAACGAGAUGCUCCACGGGCGCUUCUUCCGGGACCGGCUGGGCGAGGGCGCCCCCGCCAUCAUGUUCCGCGAGGCGGCCCGGAUCGACCCCGGCGCGCAGCUCUUCGUGAACGACUACAACGUGGAGUGCGGCGACGACCCCAACGCGACUCCCGACAAGUACAUGGAGCUGAUCUCGGAGCUCCAGCGUGGCGGGGCCACGGUCGGGGGGAUCGGGCUCCAGGGCCACGUCACCCGCCCCGUGGGCGAGGUCGUCUCCGGCGCGCUGGACAGGCUGGCGGCCACGGGGAUCCCGAUCUGGUUCACGGAGCUGGACGUGAGCGAGCCCGACGUGGGCCUCCGGGCCGCGGACCUGGAGGUGAUGCUCCGGGAGGCGUUCGCGCACCCGGCCGUGCACGGCGUCGUGCUCUGGGGGUUCAUGCAGGGCCAGAUGUGGCGCCAGGACGCCUACCUGGUGGACGCCGACGGCACCGUCAACGAGGCCGGCCAGAUGUUUCUCAACCUCCAGAGGGAGUGGAAGACGGACGUGCGCGGGAACGUGGACGGCGACGGGAGUUUCGCGUUCAGGGGAUUCCACGGCUCGUACGUCGCGCAGAUCGUGAGCGAGGCCGGGGAGGUGCAGCUCAAGGCCUUCACCGUGGAGAAAGGGGACACCACUCUCGUCCUGGAUCUGGAUGCCUGACGCUGGCAUUCGAUCGUUAAUGAAUACGGAUCAGGACUUACACGAUAGUACACAAUUACGUGAUUUAAGGGACGUCACAUUAAUAAGGAUAAGCAUGUACGGAAUAAUUUCGUAUUUCUAAGGCAGUAACGCAUGCAAAUGCAAGGUAUUGUACUGUCUAAAUUUUAUUGAGAUGAAUAAAGAAACAAGCUUUCGGACUAUACAGUCUCUUUUACUC